UCCAGCUCUAGGGCUUUCGUCCAUUCACAUUGGGUUUCCUUUUGUUAUAUGAAAUGGAGCUCCAGCUUGGCCUGGCCCUUUCUGUUCACAACAAUCCAGUCAAGGGGUUCGACCUAAAUGAUAUGCAUGAGCAGCUCGGAUCCAAAGAACUGCUCAGCUCGGAGCCAUGGAGCUAUGGGGGUUGUUUGGGAACCCAAAAAUGCUUUAAAAACAAACGUAGUUCCGAGGAGGCCUUUGGAAAGAUUGGACAUGUGCCGCAGCCAUUCCCCCUCAUGUUGUGGAGUGGCCAGCCAAACGACGACGAUGAUCGGAAAGGACAAAAGCAUAGAACCUCUUGCACCCUUAACCAGAAAGAAUUGGAAGAAAAUCAUGUUGUGGGGUGGCCUCCCAUUAAAUCAUGGAGGAAGAAACAUCUCCAUCAGCAUCAAGGUGGGCAGAUUAAGAAUUAUGAUCAAACGGCUGAGAGAAGUGGUGGAUCAAACUCUUUAUAUGUCAAGGUCAAGAUGGAGGGGGUGGCAAUAGCAAGAAAGAUUGAUCUAAGGCUCUAUCACUCCUAUCAGACGCUUACCAACACCUUGAUCGACAUGUUUGCUAAAUACCCAAAAAUUGAUAAAGAUGGUGCAACCUAUACACUCACCUAUCAAGACGAAGAAGGCGAUUGGCUGCUUGCAGGAGAUGUUCCUUGGCAAACUUUCAUCAUGUCCGUGAAGCGUUUGGAGAUACUAAGAACUGGCGGGCUCUCUCGCGGUUAUUUAUGUGCGUGGCCCUGCCCGUUAAUGGAGGUCUGGAGAAUCUCUUUUCUUCUUCUCUGUGCAUUUCAGCUUGUUUCGGCACAACAAACGACUGAUUCUGAUGAAGUGGCUGCUCUCAACAAGAUUGUAGAUUACUGGAACUUAGGAAGCAAAUUGGAUCUUUCUACCGUUGACCCUUGUACCCAGAAUGCAUCAUGGGCUUCUGAGAAUGCGAAUCCCCGUGUGGCUUGUGACUGCGGUGGCAACACCUGCCACAUCACCCAUUUGAAGAUAUAUGCUUUAGACAUUUCUGGUGAAAUACCCAACGAAUUAUUUCUGCUAAAGGAGCUGAUGGACUUGAAUCUGGGUCAGAAUGUAUUGAGCGGAGCCGUACCGGUUGAAAUAGGACAAUUAUCAAAUAUGCAAUACCUUAGCCUGGGCAUAAACAAUCUGACUGGUCCAGUGCCUUCAGAGCUUGGUAAUUUAGCCAAGUUGAUUUCCCUAAGUUUGAGCUCAAACAAUUUCUCUGGACAAUUACCUGUUGAUCUUGGAAAAUUGACCUCCUUACAGCAGUUGUACAUUGAUAGCAGUGGAGUGAGUGGGCCAAUACCACAAGAACUUGCAAACUUAAAAUCCCUUCAAAUUCUGUGGGCAUCUGAUAAUCUCUUUACUGGAAAGCUUCCAGAAUUCUUUGGGACUCUUACAGAACUCAAGGACCUGCGACUUCAAGGUACAAUGCUUGAAGGCCCAAUCCCAAGCAGUUUUGGUGCUCUAAUUAAGCUAGAGAACCUGAGAAUUGGUGAUCUUAGUAAGGAAGACUCUACUCUAGAUUUCGUGGAAAACCUGACAAGUUUGUCCAUACUAUCAUUGAGAAACUGUCUAGUGUCUGGCAAUAUUCCAGAACGGAUUGGCACAUUUGCUAAGUUGCAAUACAUGGACUUAAGCUUCAACAAGUUGACUGGCCUAAUACCAAACUCAUUCCAAGAUUUUUCUUUGUUGCAAUACCUAUAUCUUGGAAACAAUAACUUGGGUGGACAGCUGCCUGAGAACAUCACAAGUCCAAAACUCAUUGCAUUAGAUGUCUCCUUCAAUCCCAUCACUGGCGAUCUACCUCUGAAUUUUGCAAGAGAAGGAUUUUCAAUGAAUGUUGUUGGAACAUCCAUCAAUGCAAAUAGUUUACUAGACAGGAAGGCAAUUGAAAUGCUGCAAUGCCUCCAAGGAAACGCCAAGUGCACUAACCAAGUUCCAGCCACUUCAUUUUCAAUUAAAUGUGGAGGCAUGGAACAAAUAUCUUCAUCUGGUGUCAACUUUGAUGAUGAUUAUGAAAAACUGGGAGCUGCUUCAAUGUACACAAACUCCAGAUAUCAAUGGGCAGUGAGCAACACUGGAAUUUUUAUUUCCAAUCCAAAUGGACCUCUAUAUAUAGCAAAGACUGAUUCUCAAAUCACGAAAACUUUAGAUUCCGAACUGUAUAAAACAGCAAGGAUUUCACCAAGCUCACUGAGGUACUAUGGCCUUGGCUUGAAGAAUGGAAAGUAUGUUGUGGAGCUUCACUUUGCAGAGAUAACAAUGGAUGAUACUCAGUCUUGGAAAGGUCUUGGGAAGCGCUUAUUUGAUAUUUACAUUCAGGGUGAGCGAGUUCUCCAAGAUUUCAACAUUCAGAAGGAAGCUGGGGGAUCCAAAAGAGCCUUGAUCAAAACAUUUGAGGCAAACGUAACAAACACAAUCAUGGAGAUCCACUUCUUCUGGGCUGGGAAAGGCACUUGCUGCAUCCCAUUUCAAGGCACAUAUGGACCCUUGGUGUCAGCAGUCAAUGUUUAUCAAGCCGCUGAUGCCGUCUCUUCUUUCAAACGGGAGAAGAAACAUGUAGGAAGACUUGUUGCAGUAGCGCUUGGAUGUGCAGCUGGUCUUGUGGUAAUCUCAUCACUGUUCUACUUAUGGUGGACCAAGGAGUCAUCUGGGAACAUUCAAGUACACACAGACUCACCAAGGAAGUGAUGAUUCCAUUAAGAUGGCCUCAAUGGAUGCACAUCUUGGAUGCCUCUUUUAAGUGUUUUGGGUGCCUUUUUGGUUUUCAAGGACAAAUUUCCCUUAAAUGAUCCUAAAGCUUCCUAACCAAAUUUUGAUGGUCGUAUUAAUGAAGGCCUUCUAGUUGAUGUGAAAGUUAAUAAAAAUUUGGGUAGGAAGACUAUUGUGAAAAUAUUGAAUGGUUUGUGAAGUUAGCAUCUUUGUUCUUAUUGGAUCGUUCUCCAGUCUGCUCUUCUACUGUCAUUGUAUGGCAUUGAAAGUGAGACAAUUGACAUGACAAUGAGACUAGAAAAAGUUUCAUGACGUGAAAAUUUCACAAAUAUCAGCAGUUUAAACGAUCUUGGAC